GUUAGAUGUUGGGGUAUUGUCGUUCUAGUAGACCAGAAAACAAAAUAAACGAAACUAUCCAAACAAGCUCAGAUGAGGAUUGGCUAGUCGCUAGCCAUCAACAGCACAACCAUGGCGAGCUAAGCAGGAACAAACAUGACUGGCGUGGCCGACAACGCCAGCAUUUUGCAUGCCACCGUUUCGAACCUAUCAACAUUCCAAGAAUGGCGCGGAACCGGCAUCUUGGUGCUAAUUUUGAGCUUUUUUGCGCUGUGGCUCAGAAACAUGGCAUCUAGGCCACCGCUCCCCUCGUCGGCGCCGGAGCUGCUCAAAACAUACGAGUGGCCCAUCUUUGGCUCCUGGCGCUUCUUCUUGGACCGGGCCGACUUCUUCACCGAGGCUGCGGCCGCGUCUAAGACUGGCAACUUUAGCUUCUACAUCGGCAAGCUCCAUAUAAUCGGCGUAUCGAAGGAGGAAAGCCGUAAGGCAUUUUUUGAUAGUAAGGGAUUGGACUUGGCAGCUGGAGUCGCGGCAUUUAUCCAAUCUUCUCCAUCCAUUGAGGCAGUCGAUGGCAAGCCCCUCAGCGAGGACCCAGAUUUCAAUGGCUCUUUCAACCGUACCAUGGCGCACCUCCUCAAGGGCCAAAACUUUGGUCGAAACCUCGACGACCUCGUAAGCGACGUGCACGAAGGUCUCGAGUCGGCCAUAAAAGCAGCCGGCGGUACCGGCGAGGGCAUCAUAGACACCUUUGAAGACAUGAACCAGAUCAUCUACCGGAUGACCAUGCGCACGUUCGGCGCAACCGAGAUCGCUAGCGACCCAGCACUUUUGCGCAAGACUCUGAGAUAUUUCGAGAUAACGGAACGCUCAUCGUCCCCCAUCAGGCUAGUGAUCCCCUGGCUACCCACCCUGAACCACCUGCGGAGGAUGGGGGCUGGAGCCAUGUUGUACUGGAACUUUAGCACAAUUGUAAACGAGAGGAAGAAGACGGGCAAGAAGGUUGACGAUGCGUUCCAAUAUCUUAUUGACAAGGGGGAGGAUAUGACAGGUAUCUUGAGGUUUACUCUCAGUGCCCUGUUUGCAGGCCAGAUCAACACGGGCAUCAACACCGCCUGGAUCCUGGUAUACCUCGCCUUGACGCCGAGCUGGUACAUUCGCGUGCAGCAGGAAGUAGACGCCGUGGUCGCCAAGUAUCGCACCUCGCCGUCUCAAGCGCCCGUCGAUGUCAUUCGCAACCUGAACUUGGAGCAGUGGGAGAACGAGCUCGCUUCUGUCCGACUCUGCCUCCGAGAAACAAUCCGUCUGCACUCGACGGGAUCCGUGUUCCGCCGAAACAUCUCCGGGCAAGACGUCUCGCUCGGCUCGUCAGGCGAGAUCGUGCCCAAGGGGUCCUAUGUCGUCUACAGCGUCGAUGAUAUGCACAUGAACAAAGAGCAUUAUCCUGAGCCGGCAAGGUGGGACCCUGCGCGUUACGAGGGAGGCAACGACCCGCCAUACAUGGGAUGGGGUUUGGGGAGACAUCCUUGUCCGGGAAUGCGUUUCGCCAAACUCGAAGUGAUGAUAAUAGUCACCAUGUUUGUGACCAUGUUCGACUUUGGAGUUGUCGAUGAAAAGGGGCGCAAGACCACCGAGGUUCCCGAACGUGCACGGAAUGCAUUUACGGCCGUCAAGCCCGAUGUUCCGGUUCGAUUGGCCUUUAAGACACGACAGUGAUGAUGAUAAUCAUUCAUUAAUAUAAAAUUCAAGAUUGAAUGUUAAAUAAUAGGAAACAAAGGGGGGAAACAAAUUACAUCAAUGCAAUUACGAACGAAUACCAACUCGAUGAAGAAAAAACUCCGAGCAAUCAGAAGAAAGUCACGUAAACCUGGGCAAACUGGGGUAGCUUUCGUCCUAUCAUGGAGAAUCCCUGCCAACGCACGUGCCUUGAUUAUGUGGACCCCAAUUGAACUGGCCACGAAUAUCAACGGUUGAAGCUUCUGCGACAAUAAAGCUCUUUUCUCUAACAACCUUUCUGCUAUAAGCAAUUUGCUCUCCCAGCCCACUCUGCUGCAACAGCAAAUUCCUCCCCGUCCCCUCAACCCAACUCGCCGGCUGCUACAAAAUGGUUUCUCUUAAACUCACUGGUCUUGCCAUGCUGGCCUUCCAGCUCAUGGGCGUCUUUGCCCAAGCUGAGGGCGCAGCCGAGCCUCAGACGCCCGCAGAGCCGCAGCUCAAGCUCGACGUCGCCACAACGUUCCCUGACGCCGACAUUUUUGGCGUCAAGCUCGUCAAUGGUCGCCCAACCAAGGCUGUCAUUGACUUGACCAAUAACGAGGCCGACCCCUUGCGCUUGGCCCUCGUCACCGGCGCGUUGACCAACCCCGAUGGCCUGGCCGAGGGCGCCCCCGUCAGCGACGCCAUCAUCCGCAACCUGACGACCGUCAAGUAUGACGUCGAGAUCCCGGCCGGCGAGAAGCGCUCAGUCACGUACAGCUUUGCCCUCGACAUGCAGCCCCGCGACGUCGUCGUCGAGCUGCUCGCCAUCGUCAUCAACGCCAAGGGCCAGACCUUCCAGGUCCCCGCUCACACUGACAAGGCCAGCAUCGUCGAGCCCCCCACCAGCUUCUUUGACCCCCAGAUCAUCUUCUUGUACCUCGUCCUGAGCGCCGCUUUCGCCGGUACCCUGUACUUUGUCUACAAGACCUGGAUCGAGGCUCUAUUCCCUCAGGCCAAGCGCCCCAGGGCCCAGCCCAAGAAGGUCGUCAAGGUUGAGGCCGCCGAGCCCCUGUCCGGCAACGAGUCUGCCGGCGCCGCCAGCGGUGCCGACUUUGACGCCAAGUGGAUUCCCGACCACCACAUCCACCGCCCUGUCGCCAAGCGCGUCAAGUCGAGCGCCAGCGCCAAGGCCAAGAAGGGCGAAUAAAGAUGCUUUUUUUUUUCUUUUUUUGAGAGAAACAGACUUUUUUUUUCCUCUGCUUCUUUUCGGUCCAACCUUGAUGGUCAUGUCUAUUGUGAUAGAUGACGACGAUGCUGGGAUUGAGAAGCCAGCUUGUAUCGGAUUAAAAUGGGAAACCUGGGAUGGAGAAAAAGAAUCAUGUGUAUGGGACGAUUUUCUUGCAUGAUGGCGAUAUGCUCAUUGAUAUAGAAGCCACCCUUGAUAUGUAUUAUAUAACUUUGCCCAAAAAGGUUUCGGGGCACGCUUGAAGCCUUCGCCCAGACUAAUGCGAAAAUAUUCGAGGCA